CUUUUGUUGAUAAGAUAGAGAAAAAAAAAUUACAUUGAAAUAUCUCAGCUAACUACGUGGAGUUUGAUUGCGACAGUUGAACAUACUGACCUAAACUACGACUACGGAUUUAUUGAUUUACCAAUUGUCGAGAACUGUGUUGUUAAGAAAUCAAUAAACUUUGUUUCACAAAUCAGUGCCCUGCUAAGAAAAAAAAAGAAGUAAGUAGUCGGAAAAUUACAUAGUCCAUAUUAAUAUUACAUGGAUUUGGAUCAUCAUAGCACUUGACUUGGUGACUUAGUGCCUCACUUUGUCUUCUAUAUUAAUAUUAAUUAAUACUUAUUAAUAAUAAUAAUAUAUUCAAUAUUCUUAAUAUUAAAAAUUAAAAAGUAGGCCUUAGUUAAGUUAGGCGGCCGCUCAGGCCUACUUAUUUCACAAAUAAGUGCUACUUAGUUAACUUAGUAGUAGUAGUUGUCUUUAUUAUAAAUUUAUAAGACCAAUGCCAAUACUAAUAUUAAAUAGUAAUUUGUUUAAUAUUAAUAACUAAUAAUAAAUAAAGUGUAAGUCUUUGAAUUUGAGUAGUAGAUAGUAGAUAAGUUUACUCCCUGACUUAGUCACUUUUAAUUAUUCUUAGUAUUGAUAGUUAUUAGGAAGUUGUUUUACUUAAAUUUUUAGUGUUUAAAUUUUUAGACUCAAUUAUUUAGACCCUUCUUAUUCUUAAUCUCUUAGGUACACCCCUUCUUAAUCUUAGCGCUAGGGGCUCUCCAUAAAUAUAAAUGAUGUCACACAAAUUUUGUUGAUUUUACACACAACUCCCCCAUCACAAUGUUUUGAAUUUGAAGGGGAUGCUGGCUGCAAAAAUGUUAAGAAUCUCCCUGACAGAAAACAUAAGAUCACUCCCACCCCAACUACCAACCAUUGAUCGUUCCAUCUCAAUUUACAUUGUAGGCCAAAUUCUAUGACUCUCCAUAUUUUGACUUAAGUUCCCACAACUGUCAAUGUCACUACACCCUGAUUCUGCUACUCCAUGGUGGCCUGUAACUUGAUCAUAGGCCUAUUUUGGGGCCAUGCAUUAGUUUAUUAGUCUUAGUUGGGGCACUUAUCCAGCUGAUUUAAAAAUUCACAUUAAUCACAUUCAAAAUGAAUGGAUGAAUCUAAUUGAAUCAUUAACAGAGUAGUAGGCCUACAGUUGAAUACAGUACAGUAUAAGAUAAUUAGCCAAUAAUUACUAGCUGUAGAGUUGUAGUACAUACAGUGCUGCCUAACUACCUGUGGUUUGUGCUCUGGGCCCAGGCCCAGGCCAAAAAAAAAUUUCUAAUGAAUACAUUUUUUGGUCAUGUAGGCCUAUGUGUAUGAUGUAGACUUAAACAGGUCAUUCAUAAAUGAUGACACACAUACUGUGUGUGUGUGUGGGGGGUGUCAUGACUUUGUUAGAUGUUUUGCGGGUGUCUCAAAUUUUGGACGAUUUGGGUUGGGGGGGGGGGGGAGGGAGCAAUAUCAGGCAAAACCAUAUCUGGGAAUUUUAUACUGUGUGUGUGUGUGGGGGGUGUCAUGACUUUGUUAGAUGUUUUGCGGGUGUCUCAAAUUUUGGACGAUUUGGGUUGGGGGGGGGGAGGGAGCAAUAUCAGGCAAAACCAUAUCUGGGAAUUUGAUCGAAAGAAAUUUUGUCGGCGAAAAAUUGUUUGACAGAAAUUUGGUCGAACGGAAAUUUGAUGAAUCUUUUUUUCAGUUCACAUGUUAAAAUUUUGCGUCAAAUUUUAAAAAAAAACGCAUUAUUUUGUUUUACUAUAUAGUAUAGUGUGUUCAUAAAGAAAUUUGAAUGUGUGCACUGAUAAAAAGAUUCAACCAAAUUUCCGUUCCAUCAAAUUUCUAUCGACAAUAAUUUCUUUCAGUCAAAUUUCCGGUAACCAGGCAAAACAGCAUGAUAUUUAUGGAUGGGUCCUAAGUUUGGGAUGGUAUAAUUAUUUUAUAAUACCAGUGCCGUCAUCUUCAUAUUUCACCCUUUUAACUGCUGAGUCAUAAUCGUUGGGCCUCAAAUGGUCCUGUUUGAAAAGCUCUUUUAAAUAAAAGAAUAGCUGAAACAUAUAUGAAAUUAAACUUUUUAAUGAUCCUUAGUUUUAAAAAUACUUUUGACAUGAAUAGAUUUAAAUUUUAUAAUAUAACAAGCGUGAAUUGAAAUAAAUAACAUAAUAAUUUAUUUUUAUAUAACAGAAUGCAAAAAUCAAGCCAGGUCAUGAAGCUGUACAUCUUUGUUCUUGUACUUUUUACUCUGACCACUGUUUACUGCAGUGCCAUUCCUACCACUGAGAAAAAGCAAAGAGUUCAGGAAAAAGUAAGUUUCCACUUCAGGUAGUAAAAACUCUUUACUUUAACUGCAAACAAGUUUUAUAAAAGUAAUUUCAUUCACAGGUCUUAAUUUUGCAACACUAUAACUUAAAAAGAUUUAAUGAGAAAUGUACAAAUCUCUAAAAAUGUAUAAUAUACGCUGUAAAUAUUAAUGGUACCAUUUACUCAUAUGGUUCUCAUUAUUUUUGUUUAUACAGAAACAGAUGUACAUGAUAGUAAAUAAAAAAAUAUUAGUAUUAUUUCAAGGAGAGAAAUCUUAGACUAUGGAUAAAUUUGAGUAAUGUUUAGGGAUUUCACUAUAGUUCAUUUUGUUUAUUACAUAAUUUAAUACCAGUGUGUGACUAAUGCAAUCUGCUCUGCAGACUCUAAGUAACGAGGAGCAUGAGCUUCAUGGUGAACACAACAAUGACUAUGACCAUGAUGCUUUUCUUGGUAAGGAGGAGGCUGAGACUUUUGAUCAGCUGUCACCAGAGGAAAGCAAAAACCGUCUAGCGUAAGUGAAAGAAAGUUGGUGCAUUUUUAUUUAAAUUUGAUAAUCUUGGCUGAUAAAAUUUAGCUAUUCUGAAAAGUAUAUACAUUGUGAAGGUUUUUUUAAAUUCAAUCGUUCCUAAUCUGAUCAUUAUACCCAAUCAUUAUACCCGUUUAAAUUAAAUGAGUUUUAUUGGUUUGUAUACUAAGUAAAAGAUAUUUCUUUUAUUGUACUGAAGUGUUUCUCACCUUUUUUGCCCCAAACCCCCCAUAUGAGCACCAAAAAAGGAUUCAUGACCUACCCCAAUGGAGAGCUAAAAAAUAUAAGAAGGCAUUUAGAAAUAAAAGAAAAAAAGGUCAAAUUUCUUUCUAAUUUUCUAUUUUUUUAAACAGUUCUUGACUUUUGUCAUGCAAUGCUAAAAUGCGAAUUUACUGAUUUUAAUAUAGAGAAAUGUUUAUCGACAUGUAAAAAUUUGACAUAAUAAACAUGCAGCCCCCAAAUAGCUUUACAUUUGCAAUGUGGCCCUCCGCACAAAAAGUUUGACCACCCCUGCUCUAUGCUGUUUUCAGGAAGACUGAGUUUCAAUUUUGAUGCCUAUUUUGGCCUGCAGAUUCAAGGAUAUAUGAUUAAGUUAAAAUAAGUUACAUAUUAUUGUUUUGCAAUAAAUGGCAAACAAAACAGUGGUUAACUGUAAAAAGGAUCCUGUCUAACAUUGUUUUUAAUACAUUUCUAUUGCAGAGGCUUAUUUUUCUUCAUAAUCUUCAGAAUAUUCCCAUGUUUGGGUGCCCCCUAGAAAUACUCUUUCAUCCCUUCCCCCCUCCCAGGCACCAUUUAUGCUAUUACUCAUCUUAACACACUUUUUAUCUUGUCAAACAUAAUUAUACAGUUUACUUACGGUGUAACUUGUUUUUUUAAAUUUCUUUACUAAUAGGAUCAUUGUGGACAAAAUUGAUAAAAAUAAGGAUGGUGAAGUGACAGAAGCAGAGCUGAAAGAGUGGAUCCAGUAUGUGCAGAGAAGAUAUAUUGUCACAGACACAGAUCGUAUGUGGAGAGACCAUGAGCCCGAUGAGGAGAACACCCUCAGUUGGGAAUCUUAUCAGAAGCGUACUUUCGGAUACAGUGACGGUAAUAGGAAUUUAAUUACUUUGGCCAGAAUUAGGGAUCACUAUCAGUUGUAAACUCUUGUCUCAAAAGUUAAGGUCCUUAGGCUGUGAUACCCCCAAAAAAGCUAUAUAUGUCAUGUGGUUAUAUAAAUAGUAGACAAGUAGACAUGCUACUGAUACUAAGAAUUGGUGACAUAGGUAUCACUUGGUUGCCUUGAAGUAGAUCCGUUAGCUGUCUUUAUCAUAGUGCACCAAUGUUCCUUUAUUCUGUUGAGCAUUUUUUGUAUACAAAGGUACUCAACAUAUUUUUUUAUUAUAUCAAAAGUACUUUGGUAUUUCAGAACCCACAGAAGGCUCCCCAACCUUUGAAUACAAAGACAUGAUUCAAAGAGAUAAAAGGAGAUGGCAGCAAGCAGAUAAAAAUGGAGAUGGUAAAAUGAGCAAAGAAGAAUUCCAGGACUUCCUUCAUCCUGAGGAGGCUGAGCACAUGAGGAGCAUAGUUGUAGAUGUGAGUACUGGGAAGCAAGCUAGAGCGUCUUACAAAGAGAAUAAGUGAAACAUUCUGAUAAAAUCUCAGCUAAAGAUAUAAUCGCAUGAAUGACAAGUGAUAUAACAAAUUCUUGUAUUAUGUACCUGUAGUCACUGAAGAUUGUGAUCAUUCAUUGUCAAUUAGAAAAUUUUGAGUAAUUGAAUGAAAUGAAGCAUAUAAGAAAUAAUGGAGAGGUGAGUUUCAUACAGAGCUAAUGCAGAGGAGAGCUAUUGAAGGGAGAACUGUAAGCUUCAUCAUUUGAAUUUGAAUGAUGAUGGUGAAGUCCAUUAGUUUCCUUAUUUUAGCAUACAAUAUCAUUGUUCAGUUGUAAAAUGUACAUAUCUAUUAUUUAAUGUCACAUGUGCAUUCGUUAUUGAGUCAUUAAUUUCACUUUCUUUUCCUUAGGAAACUCUGGAAGAUAUUGACAAAGAUGGAGAUGGUUACAUCAGCCUGCAGGAGUAUAUUGGUAAGAGUUUUAGUUACUUGGAUAUAACAAUUUCCACUACUGGUCUACAUAUAGCCCUUUUUAUACUCUUCCUGACUCAUAAUUUAGAUUGAUAGCAAUUUAAGUUGACAUAGGUAUAAAUAUACACACUAUCAUUCUUUAGGAUAAGGAAAUGAUCAUGGGCGCCACAGCUCAGGUCUGACACACAACUAAAUCUGAACUUAAUAAUUAAUUAGAACAGAUGAAACUCUCAGAGAAUGUUACGAAGAUAUAAUUAUGUGAGUCCUCUAGUUUUUUAAUGAUAUUUCUUAGCAUCCAACUACCUAAGUCCCUGACCCAUGUCUGAAAGACUUGAGGGCCCCCAUCUCCCCAAAAGAAGUCCUGUCCGCAUCUAUGAUCAUGGUUCUAUUCGAUAUGCAGCAAAUUUAACAUCAACUGGUGUUUUGAAUUAGAAGAUUGGGGACAACAAAUGUGUAUUUUUCUUUUAUUUUAAGUGUUUGGAUAUAUUAUCUAAACCAGAAUUAUGUUCUGUAGAUAGGGUUUUUAACUGGUUGAGAGGACAAAAUGCUAAAAGCUUGAUUGUUGUGUAGAUGAUAUUUGGGGUGAUGAUGAAGAUGAAGAGGAUGAAGAUGACAAAGAGGGUGAGCCAGAGUGGGUGGUGUCUGAGCGGGAGCAGUUUGCCAACUUCCGUGACAAGGACCACGAUGGCAGGCUGGACAAAGCUGAGAUUAAAGACUGGAUUAUCCCAGAGGAUUAUGACCACAGCACUGCAGAGGCUGCUCACUUGAUUCGAUCUUCGGAUGAAAAUCGGGUUUGUUUAUUUAUGGGCAGGUUUACUGCAGCUACAUCCACAUACUACUUGAGUAUAACUUUUGUAAAGCCACUGUUCAAAAUAUUGAAUAUUUUUAAAAGGUACUUGAUAUUUAACAAUUCAAUCUAAUCCAUGCACAUCAGAUUUUCACCCAACUACAUCUCUGAAUGUGUAAAAUGGUCUCCACAUGGCAUAAACUGCCUUUGGUUUUCUUGUUAAAGUCAGCUGAUCAUUUAAAUGGUGCUGAGAUUUAAAGAUGUAGCUUUUACUAAAUUGCUGUUUUUAGGAAUUCACAAACUGAGGGUCUUUUUGCUGUUUAGAUCUUUUACUUGGAUCAAACGCCGGCAAUAGUUAUACUUUUGAUUGUGGAUGUAUAUGUAGCAUUUUACUGUCUUGUUAAUUGUUCUAUAGAGCUUUUUCUUCAUCUUCUCAUACCUCUUUCCCCCUGUCUCUUGCCUGUAGGUGACAUGUGGCCUCGUAGUGCUGAUGAGGAAGGGCUUGAAGAACCUAGUUGGGUAAAAUCAGAGCGCGAGCAAUUUGCGAAUUACCGUGAUAAGAACAAGGACGGUAAAAUGGACAAGGCAGAAGUAAUGGAGUGGAUAAUACCUCAUGAUUACGAUCAUUCCAAAGCAGAGGCCAGGCACCUGAUUUAUGAAUCUGAUGUGGAUAAGGUACAAGUUUUUACAGUUCUUGGCAUGGCUGUUAUUAUUACACAUCCUUUUCAGCACAUUUUACAUUCUUGAUAAUUUUACAAACAAACUUUUAAAAAUAGUUUCAUAGAAAAGACUAAGGGAGGUCAUCUCUGCUUGCUUUAUAGCACACAAAAUGUAUUCUUUUCAUUAAGAAUAUCCUCAAGGCAACAUGCGUGUCUGUUUAGUCUUUAUCUAAAUGUUAAAUAAUUUUGGUGUUAAGUUAUUGUGUUUUGGUCUUUAAAUGGAAUAAAUGCGUUAGUAAAGCUAUUUUUAGGUCACUGGAGCCACGUGUCAUCUACAGUCAAUUUCUUUUUCUCUUGCUGUAUCUUGGCUAGUUAAAACUUAAAGUAUCUUGGCUAGUUAAAACUUAAAGAUAGAAAAUACUAAGUAAGGGCAAAAAUUAAACAAAUUUAGAAUCUAUUAACAUUUGUGGAAGAAAAAAAAAGCUAUACCAUUUUUCCAACGUUUGUUUUUAUGGAAUUAAUGUUUAACAAUGUUAUAUCUAAUAGAAGAUUUUUUUCAUUACUUAUGAAUGCAUUUUUAUUCUUGAUUUCAUUCAGGAUGGCAAACUGUCAAAAGAAGAGAUUUUAGAUAAAUAUGACUUAUUCGUUGGAAGCCAAGCUACAGACUUUGGUGAAGCCUUAACAAAACACGACGAGUUUUGACCUCUGAUGUCCUUUAAAUAUCUUCAACAACUCUCACAUGGUAGCAUGCCUUUACUGACCCUUGUACAAGUAACCCAGUUGUUAAUAUGUGCCAAGAAGUGAAUGUCAAACGUUAGUAUCAUGAUAUGCGUAGUUGUAGUGCAUGAAGAUUCUUUUCGAUUUUUGAGGAUUGAAUUUCUGUGGUGUAGAGUUUGCCUAUGUUGAACCAGACAUCUAUAUUAUGUUACUGCUGCUGUAGUUAAUAAUGAGCUGCUAGGGAUGUAGAACCACCAUUUUGUGUACAUGAUUUGUGGAGUUCAAUCUGGUGCUUUCAAGGUGUGCAAAUGAUGAAAUCUUCUCAAUUUCUUUUUAUUUCAUAUUAAAGUCUCUUUUAAAUUGUCCAGUGUAUGCUUUACUCCUGGAUGAUAAUUAACUCGAUUUUAAUGGUAAUGGAGAGUAGGAGGGCUGAACUUGACUAGUGUAAUGAUUAUUAGAGUCAUUAAAUACAUAGAAUUAACAGAUAUAAUUUGAAGCACAUUAAUUAAUACUGAUUUUUUCCAAGGUGAAACAUUUUAAUUAAUUAAUUUUAAUAUAAGGUGAAGAAAUGCUUUUAUAUAAGUUAAGUAAAGACACUUUUGACUUGUCUAUGUUAGUUUUUAAGAGGCUAAAAAAUUGUAGUUGGAACAUUGAGUUUGCUAUUGCUAUGUAACAACAUCUGGCUAUCAUUGUUUAACGGUACUGGGAUAAAAAUGAGAACAGAAGAAUAUUAUAGCCAUCCCUAACUAACAUGGAAACAUUAAGGUCUGGCAUUUUAAGCUAUGUUAUGAAAUUAAGAGCAAAAAAGUGUAAUGACUAAUAAAUUAAGCACUCAAUAUUUUUUUUUUUACCACUGUCAAUCGCAGAAUAAUCUUUAAUAUUGUGUUCUUAUGAUCUAAAUGAGUUAAUGACUCAUGCAGUCUUAAGAUUUCUGGCUUGAAGAAUGUGAACAGUGGCAGAUUAUUUCUCUUCCAUCUGUUUAAAAAAAAAAAGGAAUUCACUGUUCCAUUCUUGCAAAAGCUCAUUCAUUUCACAAGAUAUUUUGUAGUUUUUAUUUAUAUUUCAAGCCCUACUCUGCCCAUAGUUUACAAGCGUGUAAAAAGGUGAUGAAAAUACUCUCCCAUGUAUAAAGCACCAGUACACUGGUAGUUCUGCUGUGUACAUAGCACCAGUAUAUGGAUAGCUCUGCUGUGUACAUAGUCCCAGUAAAUUGAUAGCUCUGUUGUGUACAUAACACUAGUACAUUGAUAUUAAUAGUUUAUUCUUUGUCAGCCCCUUGACAAGAGUCAUUGCUUAUAAGUAGGACUGAGCUGGCUGCAGAUUUUUUACAUCCUUCAUGAUCAGUAGGUCCGAGUGUUACUAAAAUUCACACAUCUAGUUAUAGUUUUCUGUGGAAGCCGUCGACUUUUAAGUUCAGGCGAAAAACAAAGUAAUGAAGCACACCAAAAAAAAACAACAACCUAAAAUCAGAUGUAAUGUAAUUUUUUUUUUAAAUGAAAAGAAACUUCCUAAGUAUUAAUUAGUUGCUGACAUCUAAAUUAUAUUUUUAAAAAACAUUUUAUGUACUGGUAGUCAAGGGUAGUCAGCGUGUAGUAACAGUAAGAAACCGAUCAAAUCACUAAAUAUUUCAAUUUUAAAAUUGCUUCAUUACAUAAGUGAUUAAAUUACAUUACUUUAUUAAAUUCCUUGUCAAAACUUAGAAAUAAUAUGUGCCGGGUGUGUUAGUGCUUGUCAUCAAUAGGUAUCAGGGUACACUGCUCAGCCUUACUUAUAAGUCAUGUCUCUGUUAAUUUUAUGCUUUGAUAAAACUUAACAAAGUAUGAUAAGAAAAAACAUAUUUUGGUUUGUAAUAUUAUAAAACAAGUUUGAUUGUAAUCUUGUUCUUAUCUCUCUUUUUGAACAAAUUUGUAUAGUAAAUAAAUAAAAGGCAUUACAAAUGUGUAGUUAUAUUUUAAUCUAAUUUAAGUAUUAUAUAGAGAAAUAAAUGUAAAAUAUAAUUACUUUUGUAUUAAAUUUUGAAAUGUUUCUUUUUUAAAAAAUAAUGUAAGCCUACGAAAACAUUUUUAAAGCAUUAUUUACAACAUGCUCUCCCCUUUUUUCUCUCAUUCUUUUAGCUUUGUUUUAAUAGCCAAAUUAUUAUUGGAAAAAGAAAAAAACAAAACGGAUAGGGCUAGGUUUUUAUUGUAAUGAAGUGAUCAUGUCUUAUUUCUAGCAGUGAAUUUUAACUCUGCUACACUUAGAAGAACUCAAAGUGCACCCAGCUCAUGAACCAUUCCAACCAUGGCUUUAAACUCAAGUCAGGGCACGGGUGUAAUUUAACGAGAAAAUGUUUAGUGUAAAGCUGUUCUACAAUUGUCCUUUGUAAAAAGAGAAACAAAAAGGCCACCAAAAGAACAGUGAAAACCCUCCUUUUCUUAAAAUGUCCAAUAUGUUCCUUUUUCCCCCCCCCCCCCCAUUUUCAAUUCUCAUAAAAUUCUGAAAAUUUCAGAACUGGACAAUUGAUAAAAUUUAUGUAAAUGUGCUGAAGCUUUGGUUUGUCAAUGUUAAACAGCAUUAGUGAAAGGGCAAUUAUAAUGAAGUCCAGAUUUUUAUUUUGUUAAACAAUAACUAGCUUGUUAAGGGCGUAAAUGGCAUACACCUAGAAAUUGAGGUAACUUUUAAAAUGUAUUAGCUAGCAGUUUACAAUAGAUAUUUUGUAUGCUGUUGUAGUGACUUUUGUACUUGAUUUCAUAUCAGCAAUGUGUUGACCUCCUCAGAAUAUUUUGAAUUUUAAACUUUAAUUAGUUACACAAUUUAGAGGAUGGUCCCUGAUACGGAUGAGUGAGUUACUCCUUUGUCUAUAAUAAGUCUGCACGUUCAAGGUUUCUUUUGUUAGUUGAAGUUGUUGUAAAUAUGAACAAGAUGAUGACUGAUUCAGAACUGUAACUAGAAAAAUUCCUAUCAUAGUGGUAGGCCUUAAUUUUUUUUGUUGGAAACAUUAUUUAUCUGUUCUAUUAAUAGUAUUAUUUUUCCUUAAGGUGACAUGUUGCUGGGAUGAAUGGCUCUUGAUUUUUUCCGUUAUGGCUAUGAUGGUGAUCUAUGCUAGCAUAUAGAAAUCCUACAGCGAACAUGGACAGGUUUUUGUGCUCAUACUUGUUUCAACAAGUUCCUUCGUUCUACUUAAGUAACAUUAGGGUAAUUUCAUCUUUCAGACCUGUACCUUAAAUUAACUCUUUACCAUGUGUUCAUUGGUUAAAUUGGUGCUUUGCAUUAGUUCUAAUCUUGUGCCAAAAAUGUUUCAUGCCAUAUUUCAUCCCAUACCAUUUCAAGUAAGUGCCAGGUGGGAUAAUUCUUGUGAAGCACAAUACCUUAAUUAAUCAUGAUUAUUUCCCAUGUCAAAGCAUUGUUAACUGAUGAAUUUAUUUUUAUUUUUUUUUAAGCUUAUGAGUUUUUCCUCAAGUACUCAAGUACUUGGCAGUGUGUUUGAAUUGUGUACUUGCUAGCCAUAUCAUAAAUAUGUCACAAAAAUUAUGUCAUCAACUAGUCAUUUUAAAGCCAUUGUUUUUAUUAAAAGCUGACAUUGUAGUAUUUUUUUCAUUUUUAAAAAUCUUUGUCCAUUUUUAGGGGUCAACUUCCAGGUCAAGAGAAUGUAUAAUUUAAAACAAAUUUUAAACACCAAUUUUAUGUUCAUCCAGUGCUAAUUAUAUUUUCAUAGGAUCGUUCAAGUGAUAACAAAAAUCUCAGCUAAUAACAUUGAAAGCAAUAAAUUUUUGUUGGAUCUGAUUAAAGAUAGAAAGAAAGUAACUGGGCCCUUUAAAGCAUUAGCCACUUAACUGCCAUGAAAGCAAUGCCCUGAGUUUACCAUGUUGUCUGUAUUCAUCCAUUUGUUUUCAAGCCAUAUGAACUUGGUGCUUAGGUACUUGCCAACCACAAGUAGCUGCUGUGUUGAAUGCACUUCCAACAUUAUUGUUAUUUGAUUGACUCAAAGCUUCCUUUUUGUCUGACAGAUGAACUGGUACGUUCGUGUUCACCCAGUGACGCAGUCUUUUUUGUUAAAACGCCCAUUUUUAAUAUGAGUAAAGAUGACCUGAAGAUGCCAUUGUUUACAGUCAGUUUGUAAACGAGACUUUUAGAAAUGUAUUUACAAAAAUAUGUUUGAUUUGUCAUCUCUGGAAUGAAGAAAGUCAACGCAUCAAUUUGUGUUAUUCCAGAUUAUUAACAUUUGAUUCAGGAAACAAAUUAUUUUAAAUCAACCAUUCAAUCAUAUCCCAUUUGUCAUUGUUUUAUUUUAAAGACCUCAUACAGGUAAAAAACAUAUGUAAGAUCAAUCAGUAUUGUACGUAGCCAGUUUUGAGAUUUCUUUUCAAAUGUCAUGUUUCUAUUUUACCAUGUAGAAUUUGUUUUCUCUAUGUAUGUAUAUUUCUUUGUUAUUCAAAUAACAUGAUCAAAAUAAUGAACUCAUUCUCCUACGGGCCGUGGCCAUCUCGAUGACCACAAUGCCCACAGCAGAUAUUUUGAUGGGAUGAUUUGAGCCAGUAUCAAUGGCGUGGUCUAGUCAAUCUCAGCUUUACUGUAUGCCUGGUCAUGUUGUAUGAAAGUGGGGUUUGGGCAAUCAUGUCAAGAUGGUGCCUGAUGUGGUGUGGGCCUGUGGUCUUUGAUCUAGCCAUUGUGAGCUGUGAAAAUCCAAAGAACAUUUAACUGUAAAGCAGCUGUUAUAACUGAAUGACCGACUGACUCACCCUGCAACAGUUGAUGAUCAGAUUUAUUCCGUGCCCCUCUGUUGAGGAAAUUUUUUCAAUACCCCCCCCCCCCCCUCCCCCCACUGUUCAUAUUCACUUAUUAUUUGCGUGUGUGUGGGAACUUCUGCAUGCUAAUACUUUUAAUAAUUUUCUGUCAUGUAUUUUUAAGUAAAAUUUUUAAAAAGAGAUUUUUUACUAGUGGUUCUCACUUGUUUCUGCCGAAUAAUCACACAUGCAAAGUAAAAAUUAUCCAACUUUUUACAUCAUAUCAGAGAUGAGAUUUCUGCCUUGCAGUGUAGAUGUAUUCAGCUGCACAAAAUUUGUGGAUGACCAGAUAAAAUGAGUGACUCUCAAACCAACAGAAAACAUGAUUGGAGAACCACUGUAAAAAAAAAUACACCCAAUUAUCAGUCAAAUCCUUUCUGUCCUUGCUGCAUUGUCCAUACAAGUAUGUUCACACACUUUGAUAAUGGUCAUCAAUACUUUGGCAAGUAAGAUUAUUUGAAAGAUUAAUUUUUUUUUCAAAAAGGAUUAUAACAUGUGUUUGAUCAAAAUUUCUUACUUUUUUAAAACCAUGUACUGAAUAUCUUUGAAUAAACAUGAUGAUGUUUAAUA